AUGCCUUCUCCCUUACAAAAACUCCAAAACCAACAUCCCCUUCAACGUCUCUCCUCCCCCUCCCGCGGGGUUUCCGCCCUCAUCCACACCCUUGGAAUCAUAUCCUUCUCUCUCUCAUACAAAUACCUCGUGGACUUUCCCACCUUCAUAAACGACUCAUAUGGCUGGCAUUGGCAAUACCUUACCAUCUUGGGUCUAACAGUCGCUCAUUUGACCUUCAUAUUCGGAUUGUUAGCCGACAUCACACUAUCACCGACCUUGUUCCUUAUCAAGAACAGUCUGUCGCUAUGUAGCGCUCCAUUAGAGGUUCUCAUUAGUAUUUUGUACUGGGGAAUAAGCACCAUCGAUAAAACUCUGUUAGUACCACCGGAGAUCCAUAUCGAUGCGACGGCGGAUAUAGGAUUUCAUGCCAUGCCAGCUAUAUUGCUAGUCAUAGACCUACUAUUCCUAUCUCCACCAUGGACGAUUCACGCCUUACCGGCUAUGGGAUUAAGUUCUGUACUCGCGGUCUCCUACUGGGCUUGGGUGGAGCACUGUUACAAGCACAAUGGAUUCUAUCCAUACCCGCUCUUCGGCGAACUGAAUACCAGUCAAAGAGCUCUUCUUUUCGGAAUGGCGGCUCUAACUAUGACCGGUAGCACCGCAAUGCUGAAGUGGCUCCACGGCCGUGUCAAUGGGUUACGAGGCGCGCAAAAUAGAAGUCAACCUGCGAAUAUCAAAGGCGAAUAG